UUUUCAUAGCCACUAACGUCACUCUAUACAGAAAACCGAGAGCCCAGUACUCGCAAAAUAAUGUAAUCUCUUCAUUCAUAAACACACUCAUAGUCGUCUUGUUUUGUUGAACCAAAGUUAUAUUAAAAACCUCGUCUGUCUAGUUGUUGAGAGAUGCUCAGGCUACGGAGAUCUCUGUUUCUGCUCCUAACCGUCUGGUUCUUGUAUAGUUCCGGUUCGGUUCACGUGGUGGUUCGAGCCCAAAACCAAAACGGAGCCACUACUCAUCCCGACGAAGCGCGAGCUUUGAACUCAAUCUUCGCGACUUGGAAGAUCCAAGCGCCCAAGGAAUGGAACAUCAGCGGCGAACUUUGCUCCGGCGCCGCCAUCAACGAUGUCACCAUCGACGACAAGGACCACAACCCUCUAAUCAAAUGCGGCUGUACUUUCGUCAACUCCACAAUCUGCCGCAUCACCGCCCUAAAGGUUUAUGCGAGAGAUGUUGUAGGACCUAUACCUCAAGAGCUCUGGACUUUGAUAUUCCUCACCAAUCUGAACCUGGCUCAAAAUUUUCUGACAGGCUCACUGUCUCCUGCAAUUGGGAAUUUGACUCUAAUGCAGUGGAUGACUUUUGGGAUCAAUGCCUUGUCUGGCCCUGUUCCUAAGGAAAUUGGUCGCCUCACAGAUUUACGAUCACUUAGUAUUGGUUCAAAUAACUUUUCCGGUUCUAUACCUGCUGAGAUCGGGAAUUGUACAAAACUACAGCAAAUAUACAUAGGUAGUUCUGGACUCAAUGGGGAAAUACCUUUAUCCUUGGCUAAUCUUGUGGAGCUGACUGUCGCUUGGAUUAUGGAUCUUGAAGUUACAGGUCGAAUACCAGACUUUAUAGGAAAUUGGACCAAACUUACUACCUUGAGAAUUAUGGGAACUGGUUUGAGUGGUCCGAUACCGUCGUCAUUUUCCAACUUAACUUCUUUGAGCCAGCUGAGGCUUAGUGAUAUAUCUAAUGGAGGCUCUUCUCUUGAAUUCAUCAAAGACAUGAAAUCUCUAAGUAUAUUAGUAUUGAGGAACAACAAUCUCACUGGGACAAUACCGUCUAAUAUUGGAGACUACUCAAGUUUGCUACAAGUUGAUUUGAGCUUCAACAAACUACAUGGACCAAUUCCGGCUUCACUUUUCAACUUAAGUCAACUUACUCACUUGUUUCUGGGAAACAACACGUUGAAUGGCUCCUUGCCCACUCAAAAGAGGCAGUCUCUGAUCAAUAUAGAUGUGUCUUACAAUGAUUUGUCUGGAAGUCUUCCUUCAUGGAUCAGUUUACCAAACUUGAAACUCAAUCUAGUAGCUAACAAUUUCACAUUGGAAGGUCUUGACAACAGUGUUUUAUCAGGACUGAACUGCCUGCAGAAGAAUUUCGCCUGCAAUCGCGGCAAAGGAAUCUAUUAUAACUUUUCGAUUAAUUGCGGAGGCCCAGAGAUAAGGUCUGCUAGUGGAGCACUAUAUGAGAAAGAGGACAUGGAUCUUGGACCAGCUUCGUUUGUCGUGAGUGCUGCUCAGAGAUGGGCAGCCAGUAGUGUAGGAAAUUUUGCUGGAAGUAGCAGAAAUAAAUAUAGAGAGACUUCACAAUCACAAUUUAUCAACACUUUGGACUCGGAGCUUUUUCAGUCAGCAAGACUUUCUGCAUCUUCCCUAAGGUAUUAUGGGUUGGGGCUAGAAAAUGGAGGCUACACCGUUACACUUCAGUUUGCUGAAAUACAAAUUCAAGGUUCUAACUCUUGGAAAGGUAUUGGAAGACGACGUUUUGACAUUUAUGUCCAGGGAAGACUUGUUGAAAAGGAUUUUGAUAUACGCAGAACAGCUGGUGGUUCUUCGGUUCGAGCAGUUCAGAGAGAAUAUAAAACAAAUGUAUCAGAAAAUCAUCUCGAAGUCCAUCUUUUCUGGGCUGGAAAAGGAACAUGCUGUAUUCCUAUCCAAGGGGCUUAUGGGCCAUUAAUAUCGGCCGUCAGUGCAACACCAGAUUUCACACCAACUGUGGCUAAUAGGCCACCAUCAAAGGAAAAGAACAUGACUGGUACUAUCGUGGGUGUCAUUGUUGCCGUAGGACUCUUGAGCAUCUUAGCGGGUGUGGUUAUCUUCAUCAUCCUAAAAAGUAGAAAGCCAUACACAGAUGAUGAAGAGAUACUUAGUAUGGACAUAAAGCCUUACACCUUUACUUACUCGAUACUUAAAAGUGCAACACAAGAUUUCGAUCCCUCAAACAAGCUUGGAGAGGGAGCGUUUGGGGUUGUUUAUAAGGGAACCCUCAAUGAUGGAAGAGAGAUCGCAGUGAAGAAGCUGUCUUCGGUUGGAUCACGGCACGGGAAGGGACAAUUUGUUGCAGAAAUUGUAGCAAUUUCUUCAGUUCUGCAUCGUAACCUAGUAAAACUUUACGGGUGCUGCUUUGAAGGAGAUCAGCGUUUGCUCGUAUAUGAGUAUCUCUCUAAUGGAAGUCUCGAUGACGCAUUAUUUGGGGAUAAGAGUUUACAUCUUGAUUGGACAACCCGUUAUGAGAUAUGUUUGGGAGUAGCCAGAGGUCUAGCUUAUCUUCACGAGGAAGCAAGUGUUCGCAUAAUACACAGAGAUGUGAAGGCCAGCAACAUUUUACUGGACUCUGAACUGGUCCCAAAAGUUUCUGAUUUUGGGCUUGCAAAACUAUAUGAUGACAAGAAAACCCAUAUUAGUACCAGAGUGGCAGGGACGAUUGGGUAUCUUGCGCCAGAGUAUGCCAUGCGUGGACAUCUAACAGAGAAAACGGAUGUGUAUGCCUUUGGUGUUGUGGCUCUUGAGCUAGUGAGUGGAAGGAAAAACUCUGAUGAAAACCUGGAGGAGGGAAAAAAAUAUCUUCUUGAAUGGGCAUGGAAUCUACACGAGAAAAGCCGUGACGUUGAACUAAUUGAUGAUGAGCUAGGUGAAUACAACAUGGAAGAAGUGAAAUGCAUGAUUGGCGUUGCUCUGCUUUGCACUCAGUCGUCUCAUGCGUUGAGACCACCAAUGUCACGCGUGGUAGCCAUGUUGUCAGGAGAUGCUGAGGUCAAUGAUGCCACCUCGAAGCCAGGCCAUCUAAUCGACAGUAUAUAUGAUGACACCACAAGCUCCUCUUACAGUGGCUUUCAAACCAAAGACACAAGCUUCUCAACGAGCUUUGUGACGCCUGGGCCAAGAGACAGCGACAGUAAGCCAAUGCUUGGAUUCAAGAUCAAGGAGGGAAGAUGACAAAGACCCUUCUUUGUAACUAUGGUGGCUAUAUGGAAGAUUUUACUUUGAUUCAAUAAAAUAAUGGUUUAGUAGCUCUGAGUUCUGACUUCAUGAUGGGCCGGGCACUAUUUCAUGUCCUCAACCAAGUCAACGCAUGCAGUCUCUGAAGGUGACGGACCUUUACUAGCCACUUGUUCCUUGUUGUGUAUAAUCAUGUGUUGUAACGUUUGUCUUGGAACACCAAAGGAUUUAAUCAUUAAGAUCACUUUCAUGAGUUCC